AUGUACGGGUAUGAUCCACCACUGCCCAGUUUUGAACUCAUUGCGCAGGGUAAGAUUAAUUCGGUGGACCAAGCCUUGAAGGAACGACAGGUAAUAAAUCGAAUACUACAAGACAAUCUCUCCAAAGCACAGAAUCAGAUGAAAGUUUAUACAGAUUCCAAGAGAAGUGAAAGAAACUUUGAGGAAUGGGAUUGGGUAUUCAUGAAAUUACAACCUUACCGCCAGUCUUCAGUAGCUGUGCGGAAGAAUUUGAAACUGUCAGACAAAUUCUAUGGAUCCUAUCAAAUUAUGCGCAAAAUGGGGAAAGUGGCAUAUGAGCUCAAACUUCCUCAGAACUCCAAGAUUCACCCCAUUUUUCAUGUGUCACAUAUUAAGAAGAAGGUUAGGGAUAAAACUUUCGUAGCUCAAGACCCUCCAUUCUGCACUGAUGAUGGUCAAAUUCGCAUGGAACCAUAG